UGAUUCAGUCUGGCUGUCACGACAGCUGACGAGCGUUGGAACGGGAUUCGUUCCAAAGCUUGCAGCGGCUACCACAGCUGCCGCCGAAGCGCCAGUACUCCACUACGCGGCAAACAGCGCGUGUGCGCGAUAUCGUCUGUCAUCCGGCAUUCGAUCCCAACGCGCUAUAUUCGAAAUUCAAAUUUAAAAAAAAUAAACUCCUCGUCUUUGGCAUAGAAAGUUAUUUGAUGUUAUUUUUUGCGCUGUUUGUUCGAAAUUAUAGUGCCUUAUUCAGUGUUGUUUUGUGAUACGCUUUUCAGCGAAUUCUUAGUGCAACGCUGUCUACGACCCGCUACGUUUUUGUCGCGACUUAUUUUUAGGCGGAACCAAAAGAAAAAUUCAAUAAUGGAUUUGGAGUUUCGGAAUCUGAAAUAUACGGUGAAGAGUCCUCUAAAGAAAGGUAAACCCAGGGUUGUGGUGAAAGGCGUGGAUGGCAGAUUCUCAUCAGGUCAGCUGGUUGCCAUCAUGGGGCCCUCGGGCGCCGGAAAGAGUUCGUUGCUGAACGCAAUCUCAGGAUACAGGUCAGCCGGUGUGACAGGGGAGUUAUUAGUCAACGGGCAGCCAAGAAACGAGCACCAGUUCCAAAGGUCAUCAUGCUACAUCACACAGGAGGACCUGCUGCAGCCCCUGCUCACAGUCCGGGAAGCUAUGGAUGUGGCGGCCAGGUUGAAACUCCCCAAGGGUGCCAAGGGACACGCGGAUGAGAUACUGCAAGAGUUAGGCCUCUUGGAACACCAGCAUACUAAGACUGAUCGUUUGUCAGGGGGACAGAAGAAAAGGCUAUCAAUAGCCUUGGAAUUAGUGAACAAUCCUCCAGUGUUCUUCCUGGACGAGCCGACGAGCGGGUUGGACACAGUGACCACGGUGCAGUGUGUCAAGCUGCUCAAACAGCUGGCGCGCCAGGGACGAACAGUGGUCUGCACCAUACACCAGCCAGCCGCGUCGCUUCUGGAACUCUUUGAUCAGGUAUAUGUCAUAGCAGACGGCCGUUGCAUAUACCAGGGAGAUACGGCAGCGAUGGUACCGCACUUACAAAGUGUGGGCCUACCUUGUCCCAGACAUUAUAACCCUGCAGAUUUUAUAAUUGAACUGACUGAAAACCCAGCUAUCAUAGAUGUUCUGUGCGAGGAAAUGAUGAAUGGAAAACUAUACAAAUCGGCCAAAUUGGAUGCUCCCUUGGCCGUAGCCGAGACAAGUCAAAUAACUAACGCAAUGGAUCUAAAGAUAUGCUACCAAUCAGAAGUCGACAGCGCAGAGAAAGAGAUAAUGCUGACAAAUGAAAAAUGCACCUACAAAGUACCGGAGUACCAAGAAAAUAGUGGCUCCAUCAGUUCGUCGUCGAGUCAGAUCUCGCAAGAAAACUCGUCUUUGGCGUGGAUGAAAGUCCAUAAAACAGAGGAUUCUGGGUCGUAUGCUACAACGUAUUGCCAACAAUUUUCGAUACUGUUGUGUAGGAUGGUGCUACAGAUAUUCAGGAAUCGGCAAGGUCUGUGGAUCCAGUUGAUACACCACAUCAUGUGCGGACUACUCAUCGGCAUCUGUUUCUUCAACAUGGCCAACGACGGCACCCAGAUGUUCAACCACUUGAAGCUAUGUGUCGGGCUCGUCAUAUUCUUCGCGUACACUCAGAUCAUGGUCCCAGUGCUUGUUUAUCCCCAAGAAGUGAAACUGGUGAAGAAAGAGCACUUCAAUCGCUGGUACAGCCUAACGCCGUACUAUGCGGCGCUGACGGUCUCGAAGUUGCCCGUGCAAGUGACGCUGAACGUGUUGUUCUGCACCAUCGUGUACUUCAUGGUGGGCGUGCCCUUCGCGGUGGCGCGGUUCGUCGCGUUCUGCCUCAUCGGGAAUGUGGUGUCGCUGGUCGCGGAGGGCAUGGGGCUGGCCAUUGGAUCCAUUUUCAAUGUCAGAAACGGUUGCGCCAUCGGUCCGUCAUCGAUCGCGCCGUUCCUGGGGCUGGCGAUCUACGGCUUCGACUUCGCGCACCGCAUCCCGCUCGUCAUGAACAUUCUCAUGAAGACGUCCUUCAUCAGGUGCGGCGUCGUGGCCAUGGUGCUCACGAUAUUCGGCUUCGACCGCCAACCCCUCGAAUGCAACGACGUCUACUGCCAUUUCGCUAAGCCAGACGUCUUACUCAAAUACCUGGACAUCGAGCGAACCUCAGUUUGGCUCGAACUCAUCACGAUGCUCGGGAUCAUGUUUGUCUUUCGUUCUCUAUGCUUUAUAGGCUUAAGAUGGCGGUUCGCGACAUGAUCUAAUAGCCUUUUGUGAUAUAGAGUAUUGCUCUAGAUUCCGCUAGUACAAAGUUCUGUAAUAGCAUGUGAUAAUUUAAGUUUGCAGUUUACGAUGUUGUAUAACUUAUUCCUUUAGGUUAAGGCAUGUCAAGUUUAUGAUGCUAAAAUAUAAAUAAGAAUUUCACGGAAUAUAAGGAUUGCAUAUUUAUGAAAAAAAAAAUCUGCAUUAUGGCUGAACACAAUAAUGUGUACAUGAAACUAAAUCUUGCCAUUUUUUCUAUAAAACUAUACUGCUGAAGUUUGUUCCUGCAUAGAAAUGAUGUUUAGCUUUCUUCAAUCUAAUUUCCUUCGUUUUACUAAGUAAUUAUUUUCUGGAUAGGUACUUAUAAUUAAAACAAAAUACAGUUACGAAUCAAAUCUUGACUUACCUUGAUUUUAUCAAUUGAGAAUAGUUGGCCAUGGCCUUAUACUUAAGAAAUGUAUCUUGGAUUUAUUAACUGAAAUGUAUGACUAUACGUACAGAAUAUAUAAAUAAUAGUAAUUAUAUAUGUCCAGCCAAAGAUAUAACUCAAGUAACUUUGCGACUGAUUUUUUAAUAGUUAAUAUAAUAUUUUAUACAUUACAUAUAUAUAUAUAUAUAUUUGUCUGAUCAAUUUUUAAUUUAAUACAGUAAAUCUAAGUUAUAUUAAGUAAAGAAACAAGAUCUUAUUAAGAAUCUCAGGUGUUUCAACCAGUUUGUAACUUUUGCUAUAAGUAAAUAUUUUAUGGUGCUUUUUAUUGAAAACUUAGGCGACUAUACCUAGUCUAAAAAUAAAUAUGACGGAGUAUAAGAAAAUAGAUACAAUACUAAUAGAAGGCAUUGUCAAUUUUAGUAAAUAUAAAUAUUAUUUUGUAAACUCUAAUCACAACCAAAUCACAAUAAGACCUCAUUCGCAAGUCAUAUUAUAUUUGGCUCCCAUACUAGCCUAUCAAGAAUCAUUGUAAUAAAAAUUGAGGUCUAAAUAAAGCGAACAAAAAAUGACAUGAAUGUGAUAAAAUAUUGUUGGACGAUAGCUUUAUAGAUCUGACUACGAAACAUGUUUAGCGUAAGUAUUCUUUUUUUUACUUUUGUAGUAAGAGGAGUGGAUAGAAAAUAUAAAAAAUAUAUAUUCAAGAUACAAA